CCUGGGGGUGUGCGGGGCUGCGGCCGCGGUGGCAGCGGCGGCGGCGGCGGCGGCGAGAGCGGCGAGUCGGGGCCGCCCGGGCUGCGCUUUGCCCUGGCAGCAGCGGCGGCUGCCGCGCCUGGGGCUCAGGAUGCGGCCGGGGGGCGCGCUGCUCGCCCUGCUCGCCAGCCUGCUGCUGCUGCUGCUGCUGCGCCUGCUCUGGUGCCCGAACGACGCGCCCGCCGGCUCCAGGCUCUCGGGGGAGGAAAGCAGGGCGGCCACCCACGGCACCCCCGCGGCGCUGAGGACCCUCCGGAGCCCGGCGACCCCGGCACCGCGCACCACGAACAGCACAUAUCUGAAUGAGAAGUCACUCCAGCUGACAGAGAAAUGCAAGAAUCUGCAAUAUGGCAUUGAGUCUUUGUCUAACAAAACAAAAGGGUAUUCAGAAGAUGACUACCUUCAGAUUAUCGCAAGUAUACAGAGCUGUCCAUGGAAACGACAAGCAGAAGAAUACGCAAAUUUUAGAGCAAAACUUGCUUCCUGUUGUGAUGCCGUUGAAAACUUUGUUGUUUCUCAAAAUAAUACUCCAGUUGGGACUAAUGUGAGUUACGAGGUGGAAAGUAAAAAACAAAUCCCAAUUAGAAAGAAUAUUUUUCAUAUGUUUCCAGUGUCCCAGCCUUUUGUGGGGUACCCUUACAAUCAGUGCGCAGUGGUUGGAAAUGGGGGGAUUCUCAAUAAGUCUCUCUGUGGAGCUGAAAUAGACAAAUCCGACUUCGUUUUUAGAUGUAACCUCCCCCCAACCACAGGAGAUGUUAACAAAGAUGUUGGAAGCAAAACAAAUCUUGUGACUGUCAAUCCCAGUAUCAUAAUGCUAAAAUAUGGAAACUUAAAGGAAAAGAAAGCAAUAUUUCUGGAGGACAUUGCAACCUAUGGAGAUGCAUUUCUUCUUCUGCCAGCAUUUUCUUUCAGGGCCAACACUGGUGUCUCUUUUAAAGUAUACUAUACACUCAGAGACUCUAAAGCAAGACAGAAGGUUCUGUUUUUCCAUCCCAAGUACCUGAAACAUCUGGCCCUUUUCUGGAGAACUAAAGGUGUGACCGCGUACCGCUUGUCCACCGGUUUGAUGAUCGCAAGUGUCGCGGUGGAACUGUGUGAAAAUGUGAAGCUUUAUGGAUUUUGGCCCUUCUCUAAAACUGUAGAAAACACACCUGUCAGCCAUCACUACUAUGACAACACGUUACCUAAACGUGGUUUCCAUCAGAUGCCCAAAGAAUAUAGCCAGAUCCUCCAACUGCAUGUCAAAGGAAUCCUCAAACUACAAUUUAGCAAAUGUGAAACAGCCUAAACAAAAUGUCUUAAAAUGGGAAUAAUUUUAAUAAAAUGUGGUGGGUAACAAUGUUUCCAUACACUAAAGGAUGUGGUUAUAGAGUAUUAAAGGAAAAGACCAGAAUUUGGUUUGACCAAAGCUCCCCCACUAAUUUUGCAACCUCAUCAAGUCAUUCAAUUGUUCUGAUCUUCAGUUUCCUUCCCUGUAAAAUGGGGACCAUGAUAUCUGACUCAUGCAAUUAAAAUCUGAUAAUUUGUGAAAAUUCUUGGCAUAAUGUUUGGUGUGAGGUAGGGACUCAAUGAAUUUUUUUUGAUACUAUUUGUAACAGCCAUGUCUACCCUCACCAGACUGAUAAUAAAAGGCAUGCUGCCUUGGAUACACUUUCUGUAGAGAACAGCUGAAUUGCCAGUAUUCAUUUGAUUUCUUUCUCUGGAAGAUUUUUCUUAAUUAAAUAAGAAAUCCUUGAUCAUUCAGGAAUAAAAUUCUUCUCUGUGCACAGUGAUAUGUCACUUGUAAUAUUAGUUGCAAUGAUGUUGGAUUUAGGCCACUUCAUUUCCUCCUUUAUCUACAUUUUUUCAUAGCUUUUUAUAAUUCUAUAUUAAUGUUCCUCCUCACUCUUAGACCUUUUUGUCCCCCACUGAUGGGAUGUGCUUCAAGGAUAUGAGUAGUGACAAUAAUCUGGUCUUUCUUACCUGUUGCCUUGUCUAUGGAGUCACUCAUUCCAUUUAUUUUUUAAAAAAAUUAUUGAAUAGCUACUUAAUGCCAGGCCCUGUACUAGGAUCUAUGAGAGGGAUAUAAAGAUGAUGACUAUCUCUAGCAGGAGGAAGCAGAUGGGCAUAUCAUUAAUUAUAAUAGGAUAUGAUAAGUGUUAUAAUGACAAUAGUUAUAAAUAAAGUGCUAAGAGGAACAGAAGCAGAGGUAAUUAAAUCUAUUUCAGUGAAAUCUAUUUCAACAUACAGUAGCUUUCCCUUAUCCACAGGGGAUAUGGUCCAAGACCCCCAGUGGAUGCCUGAAACGAUGGAUAGUACUGAAUCUCAUAUAGACUGUGUUUUUUCCUAUGCGUAACACCUAUGAUGAAGUGAUGAAGUUUAAUUUAUAAAUUAGGCACAAUAAGAGAUGAACAAUAAUAAUAAAAUAGGACAAUUAUA